AUGUCUACAGGGGCAAAUCUCGAGAUUGUUGACGCCGCAUUGGCGAAUGCACCUCGUCUUCACAACGACACACGGGGCAGUGCGAGCUUGGAGAAGCACGACAGGUUUGUGUCAACUUCAGAGAGUCUUGUUGGCCCCAAUGGCGAGCAAUACCCUACCGAAGAAGACUGGGGAAAGCUUCGUCGUGUGUACGGUAAAGUCAAUUGGAUGAUCUACAUCAUCGGUGUUGUAGAGAUGUGUGAGCGUUUUGCUUACUACGGAACGACCGCCGUCUUUGUCAACUUCAUCCAGAGAGACCUCCCCACGUCAGGACCCUUCCCUGAAGCUGGCGCUGCCGGCGACGGUCAACCAGGAGCCCUUGGAAUGGGCCAGCGUGCUAGCACAGGCCUUGUUCAAUUUAACUCAUUCUUCUCAUACAUCAUGCCGCUAGUUGGCGGUUGGGUUGCUGACGAAUACUGGGGCAAAUUUAAGACCAUUUACUUCGCCAUUGCCGUUGCUACACUUGGCCAUAUCUUAAUCAUCAUUGCCGCGAUCCCUCAGGUCAUGGGACCAAACCCUGAAGGAGCUCUUGCCUCGUUCAUUCUGGGCCUGAUUCUAUUUGGCACCGGUGUGGGCUUCUUCAAAUGCUGCAUCUCUCCGCUCAUUGCGGAGCAAUAUGAGGCUAGUCAUCCGCGGGCUUUUAUUCGUACCGAGCCCAAUGGUGAACGGGUUAUAGUCGACCCAGGCAUCACAUACUCCCGAGUAUACAUGCGUUACUACCUUCUGAUCAAUGUCGGUGCGCUGGUUGGCCAAGUCUCUAUGGUAUAUGCCGAGAAAUACGUCGGCUUCUGGCUCUCCUUCACAUUACCAACUAUCCUCUUUGCUCUUUGCCCACUUCUAAUGGUCACCCUCAGCAAGCACUACGUCAAGAAACCCCCACAAGGUGACGUGCUGGUCAAGUCCAUGAGAACAUACGGGCUGGUUCUCAAGGGGCGCUUCUCGCUCAAUCCCGUACGUACGUGGAGGAAUCUCUCUGAUCCGAACAUUUGGGACGCUGCAAAACCAAGCAAAGUCGCCAACAAGCCAGUAUGGAUGACUUUCGAUGACGCGUGGGUGGACGAAGUUCGACGUGGCAUCAAGGCCUGUCAAGUAUUCUUCUGGUUGCCUAUCUUUUGGCUGCCUUAUGGUCAAAUGACCAGUAACCUGGUUUCACAGGCGUCCACCAUGAAGCUCAAUGGAGUACCAAAUGAUGUGGUACAUAACCUGAACCCAUUCACAUUGCUGAUUUGCAUUCCGAUAUUCGACAAAUUCAUCUACCCGAGGCUGGCUCACAUGGGCAUCAACUUCACACCCUUGAAGAAGAUACAAGCUGGUUUCGUCUGCGCUAUGCUUUCCAUGGUGGUUGCAGCAGUCAUCCAACACUUCAUCUACCAGAAAUCGCCAUGCGGGGAGUUUCCAACAGACUGCGAUCAGCCCCCGGACCUCUCAGUGUGGACUCAAGUCCCUGCAUACAUUCUCAUCGCAUUCUCGGAGAUCUUCGCCAGCAUCACGGGACUUGAGUACGCGUUCUCCAAAGCACCGAAGAACAUGCGGUCUUUGGUGACUGGCAUGUUUUGGUUCACGCAUGCUUUCUCGUCUGCCAUCGCCCAGGCCUUUGUGCCGUUGGCUGGUGAUCCAUUGCUCGUGUGGCUGUACAUGAGCAUUGCCAUCCUUACGUUCCUUGGCUGGGUCGGCUUUGCCUGGACUUUCCGAAGCUUGGACCGAGAGAAUGACACACUUGACAAACUCCCGGAAGGUGGCUUCCAGUCUAACGCUGAGUACACCGCGGCGAAGACUGAGAACGUGGAAAGGGCUUGA